GUUAAAGUAAAGCAAGCGAAAGUGAGCUUCGGCGUGUGAAUUUUCGCGAGUGCUUGUUAAUGUCAGCCAAAUUCUCUUUUGUUUCUUUUCGACUAUCGCAACAUUUUUACAGCAACCCGCUGCAAGUUGUUCACUAAAGAACGAAAAUGCAGCCCGAAGCGGAGGCAGACCUUCAGUCACAAGAGGAGUCGAGGCAGCCUCCGGCAAGGAUGACAAAACAGCAGAUCCUCACCUUGAUAUCCAUGGCGUCCGUCAACUUUAGCUCCAUGAUCUGCUAUUCCAUACUGGGACCCUUCUUCCCCAUAGAGGCAGAAAAGAAAGGCGCAUCUCAGACAAUGGUGGGCGUCAUUUUUGGCUGCUACGCUGUGAGCAAUCUGAUUGGCUCGCUGAUCUUGGGCCGCUAUAUUGUUCAAAUCGGCGCGAAAAUGAUGCUCAUCACGGGACUCUUUGUGUCGUCAGGCUGCACCAUACUCUUUGGGCUGCUGGACAGAGUUCCCGCCGGUAGCGUUUUCAUCGCCUUGUGCAUCAUCGUGAGGUCGGUGGACGCCGUCGGCUUUGCAGCCGCCAUGACCUCUUCAUUUGCCCUCUCGGCAAAAGUAUUCCCAAACAAUGUUGCGACUGUUUUGGGGAGUUUGGAAGUGUUUACUGGCCUGGGCCUCAUCCUGGGACCACCCGUGGGAGGCUGGUUCUACCAGUCCUUUGGAUACGAGGUUCCCUUCAUGGUGCUCGGCUGUUUCCUGGUGAUUAUGGUGCCGCUCAACAUCUACAUCCUCCCUUCUGUCGACGCCGCCUCGUCAAAGAGCUCCUUUCUGAGACUUCUCAAAAACUUGAAAAUCAUCCUGCUCUGCUACGUCAUCUUCACCCUGAGCUCGGGUCUGGGCUUCCUGGACGCCACCUUGUCCCUGUACGCCGUGGAGGAGUUCCAACUGUCCGCCGGCUAUGUGGGCCUCAUCAUGCUGGGUCUGUCCUUCCCGUACUCGCUGGGCUCCCCGCUGAUAGGUUUCUUCACAGAUAAAUACCCCGCGUCUAGGAGCUGGUUCAUGGUGAUGGGAGGCGUUGCCACGGCUGCUGGCUUCCUCUUGAUGGGGCCUGCCCCUUUCCUCAACAUACCAAGGCAACUGUGGCUGCUGGUUGUUAUGCUGGGGGUAAUCGGCUUUUCCCUGGCCAUGACCGCCAUCCCCAUUUUCCCAGAGGUCAUCAAGUGCGCCUACGACAACGGUUUCGAGGAGGGACUGAGCACUUUAGGAAUGGUGUCGGGGUUGUUCGGAGCGGUUUGGUCUACAGGGAUGUUUUACGGGCCCACCAUGGGUGGCGUCAUCACACAGCGGCUGAACUUCGAGUGGGCAGCCGCCAUCCAAGGAGGCUUGGCAUUCCUGGCGGCAUUCCUGCUGGCGAUCUACUACGUCUCACAUCCGGGGACGCCGCAAAAGCUUCCCGACAAGCGGCAACAAACGGAUGAAAGACUCCCACUAUUGCAUGAAUAAAAUACUUGAGUAAAAUUGUUCCAAUGUGCGUGAAAGCAGCCUGGUUGCCUACCCUCCAUUAGCAGAUGAAUGUCACAUCACACACACUAAAUGUUUUGAUUAUUGUGUACUUGUCGGGACACGAUUGUCAUGUACAAUUUCAAGUCAAUGCACCCUGGGACCCUUUUUUUUUUUUUUUUAAAUAAAUCUUGUAUAUAUGUAAAUGCCAAAUAGUCA